AUGCUCUCGCUUUUUACUCUUUCCUUCUCGCUCACUCUCUCUCUCUCUCUCUCUUUCUCUCUUUCCCUAUCUUCUUUCUUAUUCAUCUACCAUUUUCUCUUUUCUAAAUCUUUUUUUUUUUUACCUCUUUCCUUUUUCUUUCUUCUACUUUUUCUUCUGUUUCUUCCUCUAUUUCUUCUUUUUCUCCUUCCUCUUCAUUUUUAUUCUUUUUCUUUUUUUCUUUUCCUCCUUCUACUUCUUUUCCUCCGCCUCCUUCUUUUUCAUUUUCUUCUUCUAUUUCUGCUUCUUCUUCUCCUAUUUCUUCUUUUUCUCCUUCUUCUUUUAUUUGUUUUUCCUUCUUCUUUUUCUUCUUCUUCAUUUUCUUCUUCCAUUUUUCUUCUAUUUCUUCUUCUUCAUUUUCUUCUUCUUCUGUUCCUUCUUCUAUUUCGUAUUCUUUUCCUCUUUUUCUGCUUUUCUUCCUCUGUUUCUUCUAUUUCUUCUUCUUUUUCUCCUUGUUCUUCUUCUUUCUUCUUCUUUUUCUCCUUCUAUUUCUUCUUCUUUUUCUCCUUGUUCUUCUUCUUUCUUCUACUUUUUCUUCUGUUUCUUCUUUUAUUUCUUCGUUUCUCUUCUUUUUUUUUCUUCUUUUUCUUCUUUUAUUUCUUCGUUUCUUUUUCUUCUUUUCUUUUUCUUCUUUUUCUUCUUUUAUUUCUUCGUUUCUCUUUCUUCUUUUCUUAUUUUUCUUCUUCUAUUUCUUCGUUUCUCUUUCUUCUUUUCUUUUUCUUCUUUUUCUUCUUCUAUUUCUUCGUUUCUCUUUCUUCUUUUCUUUUUCUUCUUUUUCUUCUUCUAUUUCUUCGUUUCUCUUUCUUCUUUUCUUUUUCUUCUUUUUCUUCUUUUAUUUCUUCGUUUCUCUUUCUUCUUUUCUUUUUCUUCUUUUUCUUCUUCUAUUUCUUCGUUUCUCUUUCUUCUUUUCUUUUUCUUCUUCUAUUUCUUCGUUUCUCUUUCUUCUUUUCUUUUUCUUCUUUUUCUUCUUCUAUUUCUUCGUUUCUCUUUCUUCUUUUUCUACUUCUUUUCUUCUUCUUUAUUUCUUCGUUUCUCUUUCUUCUUUUCUUUUCUUCUUUUCUUCUUUUAUUUCUUCGUUUCUCUUUCUUCUUUUCUUUUUCUUCUUUUUUCUUCUUCUUUUCUUUUCUUUUCUUCUUUUCUUUUUCUUCUUUUAUUUCUUCUUUCUUUUCUUCUUUUCUUUUUUAUUCUUCUAUUUCUUCGUUUCUCUUUCUUCUUUUCUUUUUUCUUCUUUUUUUCUUCUUCUUUCUUUUCUUUCUUCUUUUCUUUUCUUCUUUUCUUCUAUUUCUUCGUUUCUCUUCUUUUUUUUCUUUUUUCUUCUUUUAUUUUCUUCUUCUUUUCUUCUUUUCUUUUCUUCUUUUUUCUUCUUCUUCUUCUUCGUUUCUCUUUCUUCUUUUCUUUUUUCUUUUUUCUUCUUCUAUUUCUUCGUUUCUCUUUCUUCUUUUUUUUCUUCUUUUUCUUCUUCUUCUUCGUUUCUCUUUCUUCCAUUUCUUCUUUUUUCUUCGUUUCUCUUUCUUCUUUUCUUUUUCUUCUUUUUCUUCUUUUAUUUCUUCGUUUCUCUUUCUUCUUUUCUUUUUCUUCUUUUUCUUCUUCUAUUUCUUCGUUUCUCUUUCUUCUUUUCUUUUUCUUCUUUUUCUUCUUCUAUUUCUUCGUUUCUCUUUCUUCUUUUCUUUUUCUUCUUUUUCUUCUUCUAUUUCUUCUUUUCUUUUUCUUCUUUUUCUUCCUUUAUUUCUUCGUUUCUCUUUCUUCUUUUCUUUUUCUUCUUUUAUUUCUUCGUUUCUCCUUCUUCUUUUCUUUUUCUUCUUUUCUUCUUUUAUUUCUUCGUUUCUCUUUCUUCUUUUCUUUUUCUUCUUUUUCUUCUUCUAUUUCUUCGUUUCUCUUUCUUCUUUUCUUUUUCUUCUUCUUUUCUUCUUUCUUUUCUUCUUUCUUUUAUUUUUUCUUCUUUUCUUUGUUUCUCUUUUCUUUUCUUUUCUCUUUUCUUCUUCUAUUUCUUCGUUUCUCUUUCUUCUUUUCUUUUUUUUUCUUCUUCUAUUUCUUCAUUUCUCUUUCUUCUUUUCUUUUUCUUCUUUUUCUUCUUCUAUUUCUUUGUUUCUCUUUCUUCUUUUCUUUUUCUUCUUUUUCUUCUUCUAUUUCUUCGUUUCUCUUUCUUCUUUUCUUUUUUCUUCUUCUAUUUCUUCUUUCUCUUUCUUCUUUUCUUUUCUUCUUUUCUUCUUCUAUUUCUUCUUUUCUCUUUCUUCUUUUUCUACUUUUUUCUUCUUCUUUUCUUCGUUUCUCUUUCUUCUUUUCUUUCUUCUUUUUCUUCUUUUUCUUCUUCUUUUUCGUUUCUCUUCCUUCUUUUCUUUUCUUCUUUUUUCUUCUUUUUAUUUCUUCGUUUCUCUUUCUUCUUUUUCUUUCUUCUUUUAUUUCUUCGUUUCUCUUUUCUUCUUUUCUUUUCUUCUUUUCUUCUUCUUUUCUUCGUUUCUCUUUCUUCUUUUCUUUUUCUUUUUUUUUCUUUCUUCGUUUCUCUUCUUCUUUCUUUUCUUCUUUUUUCUUCUUUUAUUUCUUCGUUUUCUUUCUUCUUUUCUUUUCUUCUUUUCUUCUUCUAUUUUUCGUUUCUCUUUCUUCUUUUCUUUUUUUCUUCUUUUUCUUCGUUUCUCUUUCUUCUUUUCUUUUCUUCUUUUCUUCUUUUUUUCUUCGUUUCUCUUUCUUCUUUUCUUUUUUCUUCUUUUAUUUCUUCGUUUCUCUUUCUUCUUUUCUUUUCUUCUUUCUCUUCUUUUUUUCUUCGUUUCUCUUUUCUUCUUUUCUUUUCUUCUUUUCUUCUUCUAUUUCUUCGUUUCUCUUUCUUCUUUCUUUUCUUCUUCUUCUUCUUCGUUUUCUCUUUCUUCUUUUCUUUUUCUUCUUUUUCUUCUUCGUUUCUUUUCUUCUUUUCUUUUUCUUCUUUUUCUUCUUUUUCUUCGUUUCUUUUUCUUCUUUUUUUUCUUCUUUUUUCUUCUUCUAUUUCUUCGUUUCUCUUUCUUCUUUCUUUUCUUCUUCUAUUUUUUGUUUCUUUUCUUCUUUUCUUUUUUCUUCUAUUUCUUCUUUCUCUUUCUUCUUUUCUUUUUCUUCUUCUAUUUCUUCGUUUCUCUUUCUUCUUUUUUUCUUCUUUUUCUUCUUCUAUUUCUUCGUUCUUUUUCUUCUUUUCUUUUUCUUCUUCUUUUCUUCGUUUCUUUUUCUUCUUUUCUUUUCUUCUUUUCUUCUUCUAUUUCUUCGUUUCUCUUUCUUCUUUUCUUUUCUUCUUUUUGUUUUUCUAUUUCUUCGUUUCUCUAUCUUCUUUUCUUCUUUUCUUCUUUUCUCUUCUUCUCUUUCUUUUCUUCUUUCUUUUCUUCUUUUUCUUUUUUCUUUUCUUCUUCUUCUUCGUUUCUUUUUUCUUCUUUUCUUUUCUCUUCUUCCUUUCUUCUUCUAAAAUUCAUUUUUUUUCUUCUUUUCUUCUUCUUUUUCUUCUUUUUCUUCUCUUCUUUUUCUUCUUCUUCUUCUUCUCUCUUCUUCUUUUCUUCUUUUCUUCUUUUAUUUUAUUCUUCUUCUUUUCUUUCUUCAUUUCUCUUUCUUCUUUCUUUUUCUUCUUCUAUUUCUUCUUUUCUUUGGUUUCUUCUUCUUUUUCUUCUUUUUCUUCGUUUCUCUUUCUUCUCUUUCUUUUCUUCUUCUAAAUCUUCUUCUUCUUCUUCUUUUUUUUCUUCUUUUCUUUCUUUUUCUUCGUCUUCUCUUCUUUUCUUCUUCUUCUUUUUCUUCUUUAAUUCUUCGUUUCUUCUUCUUUUCUUUUCUUUUUUUUCUCUUCUUUUCUUCUUUCUCUUUCUUUUUUCUUCUUUUUUUCUUCUUCUUUUCUUCAUUUCUCUUUCUUCUUUUUUUUCUUCUUUUUUCUUCUUUUCUUUGUUUCUCUUUCUUCUUUUCUUUUUUCUUUUUCUUCUCUCUUUCUUCACUUCUUUCUUCUUUUCUUCUUCUUUUUUUCUUCUUUUCUUUUCUUCUUUUUCUUCUUUCUUCUUUUCUUUUCUUCUUUUUCUUCUUCUUCUUUCUUUUUCUUUUUCUUCUUUUUAUUUUUCUUCUUUUUCUUCUUCUAUUUCUUCGUUUCUCUUUCUUCUGUUCAUUUUCUUCUUUUCUUCUUCUAUUUCUUCUUUCUUUUUCUUCAUUUUCUUUUCUUUUCUUUUUCUUCUUUUUUUUUCUUCGUUUCUCUCUUCUUCUUUUCUUUCUUCUUUUUCUCUUCUUUCUUCGUUUCUCUUUCUUCUUUUCUUUUUCUUCUUUUUCUUCCUAAAAUUUCUCGUUUUUCUUCUUUUCUUUCUUCUUUUCUUCUUUUCUUCUUUUUCUUCUUUCUUUCUUCUUCUUUUCUUUUCUUCUUUUUCUUCUUUUCUUCUUUCUCUUUUCUUUUUUUUUUUUUCUUUUUCUUUUCUUCUUUUCUUCUUCUUUUUCUUCUUUUCUCUUUCUUCUUUUUUUUUCUUUCUCUUUCUUCUUUUCUUUUCUUCUUUUCUUCUUUUUCUCUUUUUUUUCUCUUCUUCUUCUCUUCUUUUAUUUCUUUUUCUUUCUUCUCUUCUUCUUUCUUUUUUUCUUUCUUCUUUUCUCUUCUUUUCUUUUCUUCUUCUUCUUCUUUCUUCUUCUUCUUCUUCUUUUUCUUUCUUCUUCUUUCUUUCUUCUGUUUUUCUUUCUUCUUUUCUUUUUCUUCUUUUUCUCUUCAUUUCUUCAUUUCUCUUCUUCUUUUCUUUUCUUCUUUCUUCUUCAUUCUUCGUUUCUCUUUCUUCUUUUCUUUUUUUUUUUCUUCUUCUAUUUCUCAUUUCUUUUUCUUUUUUCUUUUCUUCUUCUUCUUUUCUUCUUUUCUCUUUCUUCUUUUCUUUUUUCUUCUUCUUCUUCUUUCUUCUUUUUUCUUUCUUCUUUUCUUUUCUUCUUUUUUUCUUCAUUUCUUCGUUUCUUCUUUCUUCUUUUCUUUUUCUUCUUUUUCUUCUUCUUAUUUCUUCGUUUUCUUUUUCUUUUCUUUUCGUAGCUUCUUUUUUUUCUUCUUCUUUUCUUCUUUCUCUUUCUUCUUCUUUUUCUUUCUCUUCUUCUUCUUUUCUUCUUUUUCUUCUUUCUUCUUCUUCUUUUUCUUCUUUUUUUUCUUUUUCUCUUCUCUUUCUUCUUUUUUUUCUUCUUUUUCUUCUUCUUUUCUUCUUUUCUUCUUCUUUUCUUUUUCUUCUUCUUUUUUCUUCUUUCUCUUCUUUUUCUUUUUAUUUCUUCUUUUUUUCUUUCUUUUUUUCUUCUUUUCUUCGUUUCUUUCCUUUUCUCUUUUUUUCUUUUUCUUCUUCUUUUUCUUCUUUUCUUCUUCUUUUCUUCUUUCUUUUCUUCGUCUUCUUCUUUUUUCUUCUUCUUUUUUUCUUCUUCUCUUUCUUCUUUUAUUAUUUUCUUUCUUCUUUUUCUUCUUUUUUUCUUCGUUUCUCUUUCUUCUUUUCUUUUCUCUUCUUCUUUCUUCUUCUUUUUUCUUCUUCUUUUCUUCUUUUCUUCUUCUCUUCUUCUUUCUUCGUUCUUAUUUUCUUCUUCUUCAUUUUUCUUUUAAUUUCUUCGUUUCUCAUUCUUCUUUUCUUUUCUUCUUCUUCUUCUUUUUCUUCUUCGCUUUCUUCUUUCUUCUUUUCUUUUCUUCUUUUCUUCUUUUCUUCUUUUUCUUCUUCUUCUUUUAUUUUUCUUCUUUUUAGACUUUUCUUCUUUUUCUUUUUCUUUUUUUUUCUUUCUUCUUCUUUCUUCUUUCUUUUUCUUCUUUCUUUUCUUCUUCUUCUUCUUUUCUUCUUUUCUUUCUUCUUUUUUCUUUUCUUCUUUUUCUUUUUCUUCUUUUCUUCUUUCUCUUCUUCGUUUCUCUUUCUUCUUUUCUUUUCUUUUUCUUCUUUUCUUCUUUCUCUCUUCUUUUCUUCUUCUUCUUUUCUUCUUCUUUUCUUCUUUUUUCUUCUUUUUUUCUUCUUUUUUCUUCUUCUUUUUCUUCUUUUUCUUUUCUUCUUCUUCUUUUUCUUCUUUUUUCUUCUUUUUUUUCUUUUUCUUUUUCUUCUUUUUUUCUUCUUCUUUUCUUCUUUUCUUUCUUCUUCUUCUUUAUUCUUUUUUUCUUCUUCUUUUUUCUUCUUCUCUUCUUUUUCUUCUUUCUUUUCUUCUUUUUCUUCUUCUAUUUUCUUUUCUUUUCUUCUUUUUUUUCUUCUUUUUUUCUUCUUCGUUUUUUCUUUCUCUUUCUUCUUUUCUUUUCUUUUUUUUUUCUUUUUUUUUUCUCUUUCUUCUUUUCUUUUUUCUUCUUUCUCUUUUUCUUCGUUUUCUUUUUUUCUCUCUUCUUUCUUUUCUUCUUCUAUUUCUUCUUUCUUUUCUUCUUUUCUUUUCUUCUUUUUCUUCUUCUUCUUCUUCUUUUCUCUUUCUUCUUUUCUUUUUUUCUUUUCUUUUUUUUUUCUUCUUUUCUCUUUCUUCUUUUCUCUUCUUCUUUUUUUUCCUUCUUUUCUUCUUUUUCUUCUUUUCUUUUCUUCUUUUUUUUUAAUUCGUUUCUCUUUCUUCUUUUUCUUUUCUUCUUUUUUUCUUCUAUUUCUUCGUUUCUCUUUCUUCUUUUCUUUUCUUUUUCUUCUAUUUCUUCUUUUCUCUCUUUCUUUUUUUCUUCUUUUCUUCUUCUUUUCUUUUCUUUUUUCUUUUUUUUCUUCUUCUUUCUUCUUCUUCUUCUUCUUCUUUCUUCUUUUUCUUCUUCUUUUUCUUCUUCUAUUUCUUCUUUCUCUUUCUUUUUUCUUUUUUCUUUUUUUCUUCUUUUUUCUUCGUUUCUCUUUCUUCUUUUUUUUUUUUCUUCUUCUUGGUUCUUCGUUUCUCUUUUCUUCUUUUCUUUUUUCUUUUUUAUUCUUCUCAUUUCUUCGUUUCUUUUCUUCUUUUCUUUUCUUCUUUUCUUCUUCUUCUUUCUUCUUUUCUCUUUUUCUUCUUUUCUUUUCUUCUUUUCUUCUUCUUUUCUUCGUUUCUCUUUUUCUUCUUUUCUUUUUCUUCUUUUUCUUCUUCUAUUUUUUCUUUCUCUUUCUUCUUUUCUUUUUUCUUCAUUUCUUCUUUCUUUUCUUCGUUUUCUUCUUUCUUCUUUUCUUUUCUUCUUUUUUCUUCUUCUUUUCUUCGUUUCUUUUUAUUCUUUUCUUUUUCUUCUUUUUUCGUUUCUCUUUCUUUUCUUUUCUUCUUUUCUUCUUCUUUUCUUCUUUCUCUUUUCUUUUCUUUUUCUUCUUCUUCUAUUUCUUCGUUUCUCUUUCUUCUUUUCUUUUUUCUUUUUCUUCUUUUUUCUUCUUUUUCUUCUCCUACUUCUAUUCCUUCUUUUUCUUCUUCUCCUUUCAUUUUUUCUUCCUCUAUUUCUUCUUCUUCUUCUUCUUCUUCUUCUUCUUCUUCUUCUUCUUCUUUAUACCUUGUCCCUUCACUUUUUUGCCCUUUAUAUACGCAUUGUUUGGCGACGGUACUCGGUCUGUUCACAUCUAUCUAUCUAUCUAUCUAUCUAUCUAUCUAUCUAUCUAUCUAGUAUGUUCAUAUCCCGCUAUUUCAUCUGUUCAUGAUCUAUCUAUCUAUCUAUCUAUCUAUCUAUCUAUCUAUCUCAGUCUGUUCAUUAUCUAUCUAUCUAUCUCAGUCUGUUCAUUAUCUAUCUAUCUAUCUCAGUCUGUUAAUAUCUAA